UCCACCUCUCUCCAAUGGUCAUCGUUUUUUCCAUUUCUUUUCAGUCCACAACUCUUCCUUUUACUUAAUUUCCUUUUUCUUUAAACUUUCAGUAUAAUUUCUCCAAAACUAUAUUUUCUUCUUCUUCUUCUUCUUCUUCUUCGAUUUUCUCUUCUCGAUCUAUCCACUCCGAGUUUGAGAGAGAAGGGGAAUGGCGCAUAGAGUAGAUCACGAGUACGAUUACCUGUUCAAGAUCGUGUUGAUCGGCGAUUCUGGAGUUGGAAAGUCGAAUAUUCUCUCUAGGUUCACCAGAAACGAGUUCUGUUUGGAAUCUAAAUCAACAAUUGGCGUCGAGUUUGCUACUAGAACCCUCCAGGUGGAGGGAAAGACUGUUAAGGCUCAGAUUUGGGAUACAGCAGGCCAAGAGAGAUAUCGAGCUAUCACUAGUGCUUACUACAGAGGAGCUGUUGGUGCUCUUCUUGUCUACGACAUAACUAAGAGGCAAACCUUUGUUAAUGUUCAAAGGUGGCUGCGCGAGUUGAGGGACCAUGCAGAUUCUAACAUCGUAAUCAUGAUGGCCGGAAACAAAUCCGACUUGAAUCAUCUCAGAGCGGUUUCUGAGGAGGAUGGUCAUGCUCUAGCUGAGAGGGAAGGUCUUUUGUUUCUCGAGACGUCGGCACUGGAAGCAACAAACAUCGAGAAGGCAUUCCAAACCGUAUUGAAUGAGAUUUACCAUAUCAUAAGCAAAAAAGCAUUGGCAACCCAGGAAGCAGCUGCUAGUGUUGCGCUUCCGAGCCAAGGAACCACCAUUAAUGUCUCCGAUGCCUCAGGAAACACUAAAAAAGGAUGUUGUUCUACUUAACAAGGUGGUAGGUUAUAUUUGAGGAAAUGAAAAAAAAUCGUUAGCAAGUUGUCCUUUUUCUUUUCCCCUUUUUUUUGGCUGAGAAAGAUACAUGUAGAAUACUGAGCUUUUUUUUUUUUGCUUUCUAAAGAACCAUCUUGUUUGUUAGUUGUAUGAUAAGGCCGGCUUAUACUUUCGAUCUUA